AUGGCAGCCAAGAAAGCGUGCGAAAUGUUGUCCAAGAGCAUGAUAGAGGAAGUGCAGAGAUGGGGUUGCAUGAAACAAACUGGGGUGAGUUUAAGGUACAUGAUGGAGUUUGGUUCAAUUCCUACUGAGAGGAAUUUGUUGAUUUCUGCUCAGUUUCUUCACAAAGAAUUGCCUAUUAGGAUUGCUAGGAGAGCUAUUGAGCUCGAAUCCCUUCCUUAUGGCUUAUCUGAGAAACCUGCUGUUUUAAAGGUCCGAGAUUGGUAUCUGGAUUCUUUCCGUGAUAUGAGAUCCUUUCCUGAGAUCAAGGAUUCACAUGAUGAGAAGGAUUUUACGCAAAUGAUUAAGGCAAUUAAGGUCAGACAUAACAAUGUGGUUCCAAUGAUGGCUUUGGGAGUUCAACAGCUGAAGAAAGGUUUGGGUCCAAAGAUUGUUUAUGAGGAUCUUGAUGAGAUCCAUCAGUUUCUCGACCGCUUUUAUAUGUCAAGAAUUGGAAUUCGAAUGCUUAUUGGGCAGCACGUGGAGUUGCACAAUCCCAAUCCCCCUCCUCACUGUGUGGGUUAUAUUCAUACAAAGAUGUCUCCAGUUCAGGUAGCACGAAAUGCCAGUGAGGAUGCCCGUGCAAUUUGUUUACGAGAGUAUGGCAGUGCACCUGAUGUUAAUAUCUACGGGGAUCCUAAUUUUACAUUCCCGUAUGUCCCAACUCACUUGCAUCUCAUGGUAUAUGAAUUGGUUAAGAAUUCAUUGCGUGCUGUCCAAGAAUGUUAUAUGGACUCAGAUAAAGUUCCACCUCCUAUCAGAAUAAUAGUCGCUGAUGGCAUUGAGGAUGUCACUAUAAAGGUCUCAGAUGAAGGUGGUGGCAUACCAAGAAGUGGUCUUCCUAAAAUUUUCACAUAUCUCUACAGCACAGCUAAAAAUCCAGUGGAUGAGGAUUCUGAUCUUGGUGAGGCAGUAAUAAUGGCUGGAUAUGGUUAUGGGCUUCCAAUUAGUCGAUUGUAUGCUCGGUAUUUUGGAGGCGAUCUGCAAAUUAUCUCUAUGGAAGGAUAUGGAACUGAUGCAUAUCUUCACCUGUCUCGAUUGGGAGAUUCCCAAGAACCCUUGCCAUGA